AGCCCUUGAACUGUGUGUAGCACGAGGUCUGUCAAGCCUGCCCGUCAAUCCGCCACCCCCAGCAAGUUCACUCUUUCUAUCGGUGUCAGUCAGUCCCCGUCGCUCCAAGGUUCCUCUUCCAUUCGAGCUUCAUUCUCUCUCGCAAGCGGGAUAUUCGGGAACUAGACUGGCCCUCUCUUCUCCUCCCCGCCCUUCUCUUGCUUUCGACCCGAACAGUGAAUUUAUAUCGCAGAACUAUCUUACACUCGGUGGUCCAGGAAUCUGAGCAGUUGCACCUCUUUUUUUUCUUUCUUCUCGAAGCGAUAAGCACCCUGCAUCCCUGCGGCGCCUUGGGGGUUGUGCAGAUCAAGACAGACUGUAAUCCAUACUCCCAUAACCUCCCCCCGCGGCCAUAGAGGACCCUGAGUAAACCCUCUUCGAACGAACAGAGUCCGUUUAACGAGCCCUUUCCGGGUUGAUCCCAUCUUUCCCUCAAUUUUUUAAACUUUUCAAAGGAGGAGAAACAGAAAGUCACGAAAAAAUACCUAUUAACCUGACCCAAUUUACGCCCGCUUAAAGCACUUUUCCAUUGUGCUUGAUGCGUUGCCAUUGUUUCUUAGUCGGUAACAAUUGAAGUUUUUGGCUGUUGCGGGCAGUCAUCCCCGUCAGCACCAGCAGCAACCAACUCUAGGUACAAUUUGGCCUUCAACAACUCUUCCACCCCACCACAACCACAACCACCACCUUACACACAUUACUUUUCCCACCCACUCCCACUUCUCCUCCUCUUAACAACAUCCAUCCCCUUCCCCCUCUACCUUAACUCACUACCUUUGGCAUUAGUUUCUCCCUACUUCUACGCCCACUACCCUCACACCUUUAACCAUCUUCCACAUAAAUCCUUUCGCCAUCUAAAUUACUGAAGUCUUACGGCAUUCCUCCCCCUCCUCCGUCCUUCUUUCCCGAGCACAGCCAGCCGUGCCCUGCUCUCCAACUUGAUUAAAGUUGGACUAGUUAUACAGUUCCACUAAGGCAUCAACAGCAAUCGUACAAAAACUCAAGUCAUGCUUCAAGAACAGUCCCGCAAGAGGUGGAGGGCAGAGCUGUCUAACAGCAACAAGGCCCGCCGUGCCCGCAAAACAAGCUUCAGGUUGAACCCGACGUUCGUUAAUAAGGGAACCAACCAGUUAUCACUGCUCGGACGCCGCAAAGCUACAAACGGAGCCGCUAUUGAAGCUUCUGCCACAGUAACUUUGUUUCCCACCUCGGCGAACACCGUCGAUUUAUUGACUCCGGCCCUUGUCGACCUCACCACCCCCCCGAAGGCAACUUCUGUUCCUCAUAGUGCUGCGGAUUCGGCCUAUUACAGCGCUCCUAACACUGUAUCGAAGAGCGUCUCUCCUGCACGUCACAUGCCCCCCGGCACCAUCGAUCCGGUGGUACUCAAGAACGCGCAGGACUCUCCUGCACCUGAUUACUCUAUAGCCGACUAUAACUCCAAGAUGCACGAUAACACAGACAGCCAGUUCUUCAAGAAGUUCAUCAAGAAGAAGUUCACUCACCCUAUGUCAGCAAAGAACGAUCUCAAGCCCAUCAUGCGUCAAGUUCUUCAGAAGCCAGAGGACCGCCCCAUGGUCCCUAAGGCUUAUCUCAUUAUCGACUUCCGCGCCGGCACUAUCCGUGGCGAGGCGAGGAUGGUUAGGAAACCUGUUAGGAAGCCAGGCCAGCGAAGAUGUGAUGGCCCCCAUGAGGAGAUGACUUGGUAUUUCGGGGAGAAAAUUGGGUACAACUAAAGGAAGAAAAAACCCAGUAAUCUUCCUUUAAGCUGUCGGUGCACCUCGGCCCCACAUACUCACCUCGACCCUCGACAUAGCUUUUACGCUCCCCACACUACCCUCGACUUAAAAAAGAAAAAGAAAAAAAAAACAAUCCCUCGAAUACCAUUCUCACAAUGGAAACCAAUCUCCUUUGUUUUUUCUCAAUAUCAAUUCUUUACCAUCUCGGGCGGGCUUUUCUCGGAGUUUAUCUGGCGGGUUUGCGUAUUUUUGAUAUCUCCUGACGGGAUGAUAGAUGCAAGGUAAGGGUAAUGACGGACAAGGGCAGGACGGUACCGGAAUUAAGGGGAUUUUUUCUUUCGGCGCGAUUGCAAAAAAAGUAUUCUUUCUUUCCAUACUCAUGUCGUUUCUCUAUUUCUGGGUCUUACUACGGUGGCUUCCUUCCUCUCUUACACUUUUUCUUUACUUCUACAAAUGUCUUCAGGACAAACUAUCUUCUCUUCUUGUCAAAAGGUCUUAUCUUCUUUCCCUUUUUCUUUUCCCUUACUCGCUCGAUCAUUCUCCUUUGUUGGGUCUGUUUCUGGAGUACACUUUCCACGGCGCUGUAUGGCUUUUAGAUCUUAGAAAGGGCAACGGGUACGGUUUUACUUGGGGGGUUCUUCUACGGUCUUGUGUUUAAUGCUUAUACUUUUUUUCGCCCUUUUCUACUUUCACUGGAGUCCUGGGUCUUUCUGGUUACUCUUUUCUCUGUAAGCACGCUUCCUUCCUUCCUUUCUUGUUUCUUUGUCGGGUUACCAUAUUAUACAUACCUUGGUUCAGAACGGGGGAGGGGUAUCACGCGCCGCCUGCGGUUGCGGCUCGGGUGUUCAAUUCCCACUUCCCUUACCCCCACACCACCACUACCACCACCCCCGUUAUUUCUUUUUUUUUCUGAUUUCAUUUUCCUUUUGCUUCGUGUAUAUAGGUAAUUACCACCACAAUUUACAUACAUACAAGACUUUUGUUCAGUCUACAACAUAUCGUGUUACAUCAUGACCUUAUUUUUUUCAAUUUUUUUUUGCAGGGGUGAAGGAUGAAAUGGGGCGGGGGAGAGGGAGCGAGGGCGCGCGAUCGUGCGGUCCACCAAUUAAUGUAAUGCGCUCCGCAUUUUGGCUUAAACUUGGGGAGAUAAGUGGUGGUGGUGGUAUGAUAGUGGCGGUGGGUGUCUCGUAUGUAUGGGUGGAUACCGAUAUGAUAACAGGUAGCACGGAGUGAGGCUCCUCUCUCACACUUUCCUCCCCCCUUUCGCUUGGCGCGGGGCAUGCCAGCUGC